UCAGGCCGCAAGACUUUAGAACGAGGGAUUAGACAAUUGAGUUCAAGCUUUCGGUUAUUCGUGCUGCCGGAGUGAGCCCUGCGUUUACACUGACAAAGGCGACCCACACUUGAUCUUGGUCGUUUAUGUAGAUGAUAUUCUCGUCGGCGGCUCGCGCGAGGACAGGAUCAAAGCAGCACUUUGGCAGCGUCUUUUCACUGAUGGACAAUGGCCGCAUUAAUUGCAUCUUGAGCGCCAAUGUGGACUACCGUGCAACGUCGUGGCCUUGCAUAUUGAGCCAAGCGGGAUAUAUUUCCGAUGUGCAGAAAGACGCGCAGCGUGACGGAAGCUAGGCGCACCAGAGAACCCAGAUCUGGCGGAACAAGUCGCAAUUCCCGAACGCAUUCGACGGUAUGGUUUGAUCACAAGAGCACUGUAAUGGGUUGUGAAAGCCCUGACAUAACUGAAGGCACCAAGAUCCUCAAAUUGUGCUUCGACAGCAAUAAGGAUCGCAUCACGAGCAACUUCAGCAACUCUGACUGGGCAGGCGACUGUGACUCGAGGCCAUUGAACACAUGCUACGCUUUCCGCAUCUUCGGCAUUUGAAGAGAAAGGGGCAAUGAUGGCGAAG